UGACAACCUGUUCCGCGCAACGCGAUAUACGAUUCGAUAAUAUCCUAGACAGACAGACAGUGUUGUUUAUUUGUUUUCGUAGCACGGACACCGGGACCGAGAUCGCGUGCUGCUACCGUGUGCCCGUGCUCAGCGUGCAGUAGUCGUACGCUCAAAAACGUUUGACAAUCACGCGAGACCGUUGACAUCGGCGCCCAACCGCAAGCCGCUGUCGCGUUUGUCUAUCGUGAUAAUAUUUCUGGAUUUUUUUUUUUUUUUCUGUUUCACUGUGACCAAAAAGCGUUUUCCGUUCGAUUUUUCUAUCGCAGUUCGGCCGUCAUAAUUGACCAUAAUAAAUUAUUGUCAUUGCCGUAACAAACGUCUGUCCGUGUCCGCUAGAGUGCGUUACCGCGUUCGUGAAUAAUAGUAUUCCUUUGUUUACCUGUUCGCUUGUCGUCACUGUAUCCCCCACGGUCCCACAGCUGAUAUCCCUCCGUAGUCUCUUUUGUAUCAAUAUUUUGGCAAUUUAAACGAAAAUAUUGUCGUUUCCGUAGAUCCCGUGUAGAUAAUAGCUGGCGCGAUUCCAAUAUGUAUUUUUUGUGAACCAAACGGACCCAGAAUACGGUAGCCGCGUGCGUGCCAAUUCGUUGUCAGUGCAUUAACCACCAUGUCCGGUAAGUUCGGUGGCCGGUGGCUGGUGUACGCGGCCCUGCUGUUCCAGUUAGCCACACGGUCUGAUGGCAACUGGCUAAAGAACUUCGCCAAGCCCAAACCGCAGCUCCGGCUCAUGGAAGGCGUCCCCGAACAUUUACACAACGUCAUGCCGUACGAACAAGUGCAGUUCAGCAACCCCAACAUUUCCACGGCUUACGUCAGUUCCACUAAAUUCCAAGCUGCCGGAAUGGGACACUUGUAUUUCAUCACCAAUAAGUUUAUCCAAUAUAUACUCAGCGACCAGGCUUUUCCGGAAGGUAAGAUUUUGGUUAUUAUAUUUAUUGAUUUAUUAUUAAAUUGGCACCACAUGAUUUCCACAUCAUGUCCCUGUGAACCCUCUGAACACUUCGGUGUUCGACUAGAGCCACUGUUGAAUUAUCUAGAAUUGUUUAAUAAUUCAAAUUGAUAAGUAGGUACCUAGUUUCUUACUAACUAGGUACUUACCAUAAACAUUUGUCUGGUUAUUAUCCACAUAUUUUUAAUUUAUUAAGUAUAAAUUUAAAUGUACAGUGUUUGAAAUGGGGAAAAUUGGCCAAGGGAUGUAAACGUGUACAAAAAAUCGAAGUUUCUUAAGUUUUUAUGAAUUGUUUAGGUAUUAUAUUUAAGAUAUUUUUAUUUAUUAUAAAUGUAGAAUUCAUAAACUAUUCAAUAAAUUCGCCAAAUUGAAAUAAUAAACACUAGGCAAGUGGCAGAAUAAUAUGCCAAAUCUACUACAUAUCCGAGUACACAACGAGUCUACGAGGGUUCUAUAUUUUUUAGAAUAUGAUCUAUAAGAAAUAGAAAUAACUGUCGAUGUACCUGUAUGCAAACACCAACAUGCAUACAGCGUACAUGAUUUUUAAAAUUAAAUUAUAUUUAGUAUUAUAAAAUAUUAUGCAAAAAUAAAAAGUUUAAUUUUUGUAAUAGACGGGCACACUGUUUGUUAAACACCUACUAAGUCUAAAUUUAGUAUGUUUACUAUUCAAUGUUUAUUGUAAUGGUAUUAAACGGUAUCAAAAUAAAAUGAUUCCCUCAAAUGUUUAACAGAUUAUUUUUGUGAAAUUAAAUGUUAUAAAAGUGUAAGUUAAAAGAAAAAAAAUUAGUACUUAUUUAAUAAAAUAUCAUUGAGAUAUUAUCUUAUAUCAGUUUACAUAACAUUAAUUUUAUGCUUGGAAGAUCCAUUAGGUGUCUGAACCAGACCUUGACAUUUCUUUUCUGUUUACAAUUAUAAAAUACCUAUUUACAAAUUAAAUACAUUUUUGUAAAAUAUAACUUUAAUUUAUUUAUGUAGUUAAUUUAUUUAUUUAUUUAUGUAUUUAUGUACUAAUAAUAGUUGUACCCCUAACUUGUGUUUAAAACAUUUACUGAAAAAUUGAUUUGUUUCAUACCUAUUACCUUGUUAAAUUCAGUGAGCCAUGUAAAUUAUCGUUUUAAUAUGCAUAAAUAUAUUACCACCAUUUAACUCUAAAUAUUUUUUUAGUAAUAAUUAAUUUCAAUUUUUAAUUUAUACAGACUGAAUAAUGAUCUAUCUUUCUACUUAUAAAAUAAUAUGGUACCUGUCUAGUUAUUUAGUUUUAACUUUUAAGUCAAUGAUACAAAUAAUAAAAUUAAUGAAAUUAAAUAAAUAAAAAAAUGUAAUAUGUUCAAAGGUUAUCUAAGAAAAAUACAAUUUUAUAAACUUCUAUAAUUAAUCUACCUGUUGUAUCCAAUCACUUGUCAUGGUAAAACAAUGCCUGUCUACAACCUUUAUAGAUUUUAUUCAAACAUUAAUUAUUAUUUUAGGUACCUAACUGUUAAGAUAUAGAGAAUAUUGAUACUAUAAUACUUAAUGCAAGUAUGUUCAUAUAUUGUUUUGUGCUAAACUGUAUCUAAAUUUAUUAAUUAUGCUUGGGUAGGUAUUUAAAGUUAUGGAUUUUCAUGAAUAUUAUUUUGUUAGUAAAAAUUUAUUUUUGACAUUGUUUUCUGGAAAAAAUAAUUAAUAGUUGUUAUUGGCAACCUAUACAUAACAUAUUCUGAGAUUAAUUCAGAUAUCCCAUGUGUGGGCCAGUACUACGGGUGAUGCUGAAGUAAAGCUCUGCUAAUAUAUAUACAUAUAUUAUCUAUAUAAUUAAAUUAUAAAACAACUUUUUUUAAUUAUUUGAUGAAACAAUAUAAGAACAUUGUAUAACUGAAUUUAAUAUAAUCACACAUUUGCUUAAAAUAUGACCUAUGCAUUGGCUAUUAUAAACUAAUCAAUAAAAAUAAUUUUUAUGAAUGAACAUAUUUUUACUUGAACCAGAAAAAAAAAAUUAACUAACUAAACAACAAGUACUUAUAAUUAAAACUAAUUUUACUUUUAUAAUAUUUUAAUUUGUACGUAUCAUAAAGAAAACCAUAAUAUUAUAGGAAGGUACCUAAUUAAUAAAAUUGUAAUUAAAAUGAAAAUUUUCAAUAAAACUCAUUUACCCAAGUAAUAAGAAUUUUUCAAACCUUGUCUACAACAAUAAUUUUACCGAGUAAAAAAAAAUAACUUGGUUAAAAAUUGCCAAUAACUAAUAAUUAUCUAAAUUGAGAAAAAUACAAAAUAUGCUUCUAGAUUUUUUUUAUUUUCGCCUUUUAGUUUUGCAAUUAAUUAUUGACCAUAAUAUUGUAUAAACAAAUUGAUAUUAAUACUUAAUACUAUCAAUAUUAAUAUACUAAAAACAUAAAUAUUUUAUGUAUAUUACUCAACAAUAAAUAUUACUUUAUAAUAAAUACUUAAUGAUAGGUUAGGUUUUUAAAGUAAAAUACAAGUAAAUUAUUAUUUUAAUUCUUAAUACUAUCUCACAAAAAUAUUUUUAAAUAUUAUUAUAUUAUAUUAUCUAUAACUAUAAUAAAUUCUGAUUAUAAUUUAAAUCUUGGAACCUUGUAAAAAGAAAUGUAUUUAGAUAUUCUUGUUUUAUUUUAUUUUAAACAUUAAAAAAUUAUUGACUUAUAAUAUAUAAUAUCAUAAAUAUGUUGAAACGUUAAUAAAUAUUAAAAAAUAAUAAUAAUAAAUUUUAAUAACUCACUAUAGAAUAAAUAAAUGUACAGUUUUAAAGUUUAAUUUUUAUUGGAAACAGCUAUCAAGCAUACCCAAGCUAAUAGAUAUGCUGUAGACAGAAAGCUUGAACUUAAAAUAUCAUACCUAGUUAUAUUUUGUGUUUCUUGUGAUUUUGUUUCUAUCAACCCGAUACUUCGUUUUACUGCUUUUAACCAUUUUAUAUGCCGAUAUGUCUGUUCUUGCUUUGUUGUUGUUGGUUUGGUAAUAUGUGGUAUCCAUUCAUGAUUUUCAAAUUUAACAUUUAUGGCUACUGCAGCCGCUUUAGCUGAACCAUGUACUGCCAUAUCGAUGAUUGGUGAUCGUAUUACAUCUAUUCCUAAAAUAUCGGCUUGAUAACUUAGUAGAUUAUUGUAAACAGAAUACGGACCAUCUACAAAUAACUGACAAGGAUCUAUACCCAUAUCACUUUUAAAUGAAACACACACGUCUUUCGUAUGGAAACAUAAUGCUUCAAGGGCAGCUCUAAUUAAAUGUUUUUUGUUAGUAUAAUGAGUCAUUCCACAUAUAAUGCCUUUGGCUUGUGGUUCCCAAUAAGGUGCUCCUAAUCCAUUAAAAGCUGGGACAAAAUAUACGUCACUAACAUCUAUGUUUAACGAUACUAUUUCUUCAUGGCUGUUAAUAAUAUUCAUAUUAUGUUUUAGCCAAUCUAUUGCUUUUCCACCGACUGAUGUCCAACCUUCAAAAGCAUAAACUGUAGGUUCAUUACCAAUUUUGUAUGCUAUUGUUGUUAAUAACCCAUAUUUAGAAUUAAUUAACUCUGUUCCAGUUAUACAAGAUACAGUACAACUAUCACCAUAUCUACUCAUUAUUUGACCAGGUUUUUGGAGAUUCAUUCCAUACAAAGCAGCUUGAUGAUUAGCGAAUAUGGAUCCUAUUGAUAUACCUUUUAAACGGGUCUCUUCAAUAAUUCCGUACUUUUCAGAAGAACUUUUGAUUUCUGGUAGUAAAGAUAUUGGAAUAUUAAAAACUUUACAUGCUUCUGGAGACCAUUUUAAGGUUUUUAAAUUCAUCAACAGUGUACGAGAAGCAUUUGUUACAUCGGUUAUAUAUAAGUUACCUUCUGUAAGUUUCCAUACUAUCCAAGUAUCUAAUGUUCCAAAUCUAAUCGUUUCAGAAGUUUUAAAGUAUUUUAUAUUAUUGUUUAUUAUCCACUUUAAUUUAGCUCCACUAAAUAUGGAUGUUACUUUUAAACCGGAUGUCUCUUCAAUUUCUUUAAAUAUGUUAGGACUUCUCGAUUUGUAUUCUUCAAUAAUAAUAUCAGUACGAGUAUCAGUGUAAUGGAUUGCAUUAUAGAGUGGUUUAUUUGAUUCUGAAUCCCAUGCUAAUACAGUUUCUCUUUCGUUUAUAAUUCCAAUUACUUUAAUAUAAUCUUUAGAUAUAUUUUUAAAUUUUAAUUGUUCUAUUACCUCGUCAAUAGUCGCACAUAAAGCGUCCCAAAUAGCUUCAGCAUCUACUUCAACCCAUUUAGGAUGCGGUUCAAUGAGAUCAACAGAUUUGGAUGCUUCUGCCAAAACAUUUGCGUUGUCGUUGAGUACUGAGAAAUUAACACUGUGUGAUUCAACAUUAAUCACUCCAAUUAAUUGGUCUGCCUUCAUUUCUGUUCUAAAAAGGAUAUGUAUUAAGACGAGUCAAACUGUUAACUAAAAGCCGAAAUGAAUAAUGUGUCAAUAUAUUGAGUUUAAUAGUAUAUAUAAAUAUAGAUAUUUCACAGCUGAUAAAUUUUUAAUGUGUUUAACAAACGAUUUCUAUUGGUAGAUAGGUACUUCGGUUGUGCAAUAUCAUCAAUUUAAAUUUAUAGAUAGUGGAAAGGAUUUUACAAGCUAUCGUGCAAUGUUCACUAGUUCAAUAAUAAAUUGUUAUAGAUAAUAGAAUUUGUUUUAUGAAAUUGAUAAAAAUAUUGUGUGAACUUUAGACUAAAUAAAACAUGAAAAUAAGGAUUAGAAUAAUAUUUUUUUGAAAUAAUAUUCUUACUAUUCAUAGACGUCGUUUUUUCUGUGGUCGCCAUUUUACGACGUGCCAGCAAUAAUUCAAGUACACAAAACAAAAUCAGCAAAUAAAUUAUUAAGUACACUUUUGCAUUUAUGUCGAAAUUUCCAUCUACUCGGUAGUUACAACUUAUUCAAAGUUAUCUUAUCUAAUCUGGGUAGGAUUUAAAAAACAUUCCUGUAGUAGUUUUCGAGUGACUAUAUUAUUUUAUCAUCGCGAAUAAUUAUCACGAUUUAUCACGGAUGAUAUUUCGUUUCAGGCGGCACGCCAUCAGAUUGUCCAGUUUGGCUGUACUGUUUUUUUAUUUUUUCCUAAUGCAAUAUACGGAAAAGGGUAACACUGUACGUACUUAAAAUACCGCGUUCGACAACACUUAAAAUUGUAAUCUUUUAAACAUAGUUUGGAUACCAUGGCAAAAGUUCAACGUUAUUCGUUAAUUGCGUGACAUUAUUUCAAGGAAUAUUGUAGCAAUAAUAUUAUAAUAGGUACCCGUCGUCGAAGUCGUUGAACUCUCAACUCUAAAAUAAAAAUGUUAUAUUAUGGUGUAUUUGUCGUUCGUCCAGUUUCGACUAUUUUUAAUAAUCUUUUUUAAUCGUAUUGUCGAUAAUAUUUCGCAAAUGUUUAUUGUAAUUAUGUAUGUGUUUAUAAUACCUCGAAGAAAAUUUGUUAUAUAUAUACAUUUUGUUUAAUUGUUAUGUUAUGUUAAAAAAAUUGUCACGGUUCGAUAAUAUAUGCAUUAUAAACUGGCGCCGCUGUUGCGAAGACUUCUCGGGUUACCGAAUAUAAAAUAAUAUUAACGAUUUUGUAUAUAGACCUUAGAGUAUGUAUAAUAUUAUGAUAUUACUCCGUAUCGAAUUAUUGACAUUUUAUUACAAAUUAUAAUUAUUAUUAUAAUAAAUUAAAUAGCGAUUAUGAUUUAAACAAAUUAAGUGAGUAAAUAAUAAUGUACCUAUUAUGUUUGUACAUAAUUGUAUUUAGUACCUAUUGUUGUUAUUGUUAUUUACACUGUGUUAGGUCAAGCAAUAUUAUAUUGUAGGCAGAAUACAUUUUCUUAAUUGUAUAAUUUAGCACUUUAUUGUGCAAUAGUACAAAAAUCGACCAUAUUAUAUUUGUUGUUUUUAUCGAAUUUUCCCCGAAAAUAGAGACCAUUGUCACUGCAUUGUGUCUUUUUCCUGAUACAUUUGGACACUUUUAGCGGCUUCCUCUGGACCAAAAGAGCUCAAACUCGAGAAUUUUUUGUAUAGGUGGAUUGAAAUGAUGAACUGUUGUCGAAGAUGUGCCAUUAGAAGUUUUCAUCUUCCUGCCCCCGUCCCAACCGUUAAUAUUUUAUCAAAAAUCUCGAAAACUAUAGGGAGGUACCUACUUUACUUAUUUUGACACAUUAUUUCUUAUCGUGUAAUAAAAAAACAACUCGUAGAAUAUUGUAAUAAGUCAACGGAAAGAAAAUUCAACUUUAGCUGCACUCGUGUGUAAAAUAGAGUUCUUGCUGGUGUUGAGCACUUAGGUUGACUCGAAAUAAUAUACCUGAUGUUCGUGUAUUAUGGUUUUUAUUUAAUUUGGACACGACAUUAGUAUUGCAUUCCAAACGUUAUUAAACGGAACUUGAAAUACAAAUUGUGGAGUAUAGGUUGAAAUUAAGAGUUUAAAUGUGAAUAACGAUAUUGGAAAAGAAGAGUAUUAUGUUUAAGAGCACUAUGAUCCUUUUUUUUUUUGUUUCAAAACAAUAAAUCAUUUAGCUAUUUUCAAAAAUGAAAAACUUCACAUGGAUUUUAAAAGAUAAUAUAUAUUGAAAAAAAAAGCUGAUGUACAAACACAGAUAGUGUUUUUACCUACAUAAUAGGUUUGGUAAUGGUCAAUUCCACAAAAUUGGUCUGUUGAACACAAAUUUGCCAUUUCUUAUGUUUAUACAUACAAUAACCACUUCCUCUCUUUUUUUUCUUUUUUUUUAUACUAGCUAUGGAUUGUACUGACCAUUUUGAAAAAUAAUCUUUUUAAAACAUCGCGCGAUGGAUCGUUUUGAUCGAUAACCGAAAAUGUUUUAAAAAAAAAAAAAAUCGUUCUAAAAUAAUUACUAUAAUAUAGCCCUGCCUGCAGUUAAUAAAAUAAAAUAAAAUGAAAAUAUUUAUACCUAAAAAUUAUCUUCAUUUCUAUAUAUAUUAUAAUUUUAUAAUUUAUUAUAAAUACUCAUAAAAAUGUCUGGUGUUUAUUGCCCGUAGAUUAAAUAAUAAUAAUAAUAAUUCAAAAUAAUUAAUCGGCCUUAUACUUUGGGGCGAAUGUGAAUUAUUGCUCCUCAAUGAUAAAAUAUUAAAUAAUAGUAAUUAUCCGACGUGUUUAUGUUUAAAAUGUAUUAUUUUUGAAUUUUUUAAGUAUUUUCAUACCUAUAUUUCGACCGAGUAACUGUGAGUACAUUGCUAUUAUUAAUAAUACAUAAGUAUAUAUUUUUUUUCUUUUGCAGUCUUCAUUUUGUAGGAACACAUUUUUAAACAUUGUGUACAACGGAUAAUACAAUAAUAUAAACACUACACAGUAUCAUAAUAAUACAUACAAUUGUUGUUUCAUCAUAUAUAGCCUCAGAAUUUAAAUGAUGUAAUAAAAUCUACUAGACUUUGAAUAUGGAUUCGUCAAAUAAACUUUGAUCGUUGAGUUGUAUUACUUACAAAAAAUACUAAAUUCUGAAAUAUUUUCCACUGACCCACAGCGGGAUUAUUGUUACGCAUCGACUUAUUGUACGCUUUUAUUGAAUACCUAUGACAAAUCGUAAAACUGACUGUGUAUACCGCUGCAAAUCGAAAUGUAAUCCAUGAUUGGAAUCGAUUUUUUUGUGAGGUUGAACGCGACAAGAUUUUACACUUUGAUCACAGUGGUAUUUUUUAUUUUUGCCAAUAUGUCUGAACUACGGUGGAAAUUUUCCUGUUUUUCCCCAAAAGCUGCUGAUGCAUCCACACUAGGCAAACAUAGUAAAAAAACGCAUUAGUGUUUUUAUUAUAUCGUUAAAAACCGAAUUAAACCGAAACAGAAUAUAGUUGAAUCAAUAUGACUAGUAGCGUGUAAACCCGCCUUCAUGUAUAUUACAAACAAAUCAAGCAUUUCGCGCUCGGUUCGUUGCGGAAAAAUUAAUCGAAAGUGUAUAAUUAUAAUGAUAUUUAAAUAUUAUGUACAAAACAUCGCGAACAAAAUAUUUUAAGUAAAUGUAUACUGCGGGACAUAAUAUUUUAACGCUCCAACAGAUCGCGACAUUUGCGGUUCCUGAUGUUUCCGGGAUUUGUUAUAUCGCAGACGAAUAUUUUUAAUGGGACGAUUAUUAUGGAAUUUACAAGUAUAAUUGAAAUCUUAAUGUUUUUAAAAAUAAAAUUACACUGCGGAAAAUUCGUUAAUCAUUUUUCAGCUCUAUAAAAUGUUAAAACAGUUGCAUUUUGCAAUGUUUUUAUAUUUGCCUAUACCUCAGACAUAUUACUGACCAUAUCUGCCGUAGGGUACUAUUGUAAUCGAGGGGAGUUAGAAUAUUAUAGGGUUAGGUUUAAUAUAAUAAUAUUAUUUUGGGUAUUUAAUAUUUCUAAGUCUGUAUUAAUAUUAGAACUUAUAUUAUGGUUAAAACAAUAGUAUAAGUUUUGAAUACCCAAAAUAAUAUUUACAUUAAUUCAGUUUUAGAAUAAUUACACACACACAAUGAAAUAAAGGAAAAUAAUUUUGAUAAUAUUAUAAAUUUUCAAACCGAUUUUAAAAAUAAUAUCUUAUAUCAAUACAUUUUAGAUAAUAAAUAAUAACCAAACAUAUCUAUGUCUAAUAAUAACUAAUUUUAAAUAAUCUCUACUAUUAAAAUAAAUUAUUUCUAUAUAUUCCUUCAUUUAAUUUUUUAUAUUCAGUCGCGUUUUACAUUUUGACUAUGAUACAUUUUCAUAAUACUCAAGGCGAUACAUUCAUUCAUUUAUUUAUUUUAUUAUAUUUUAUUACACCUAUUUAUAACUAAAAAUAUUAUAUUUUGUUUGACUUUGUCAGUAAGUCUGGUUCACUAGAUUUUCAAAUAAUACCUAAAAAUGUUAUUACUAUAUUAAGUGAAUUGAAUCGGCCGAAAAGGGAAGGAAGGGUACGGUUUUGGUCGAAAUAUACCCGUUUUUUUAAUAUUGUAUAGAUGUUAGAUGUAGAUAGAUGUUUCAAUUUAAAAAAUCGCAGGGCGGAAUAUCGGGGUUUCUUAAGGUACGGUGUAUAAAAAUCUAAGAGUUGUUUUGCUAACCGAAAGAAAGUGUGGCGGUUACACUUUAAAUUUGAAAACAAUUCAAAACCCGAAACCAAGAUAAUUAUAAAAAUAACAUAGGCACCUAAAUGUUUUUUUUAUUAUAUGCACAUAUUUGUGUGUACUUUCGUGGCCAUUUUUAAGGCUAAUUUGAAGUUUAAACCAUAAUGAUAACAGUGUGUAUGUAGAACAGCUAUUAGUUAGCUAGCUUAUGUUCAAUUUGAAUUAUCUAUAAAUACAAUGGAUCCAUUCAAAAAUUGUUAUAUUAAUAAUUAUUAGUUUAAUUAACAGACGUAUUGAAAACUCAUAAUUUUACUAUCCACAAUCUAAUUAUAAAAUAUUGUUAUAAUGAUUGAUUAAUAAGAAUUAUUUUUUUCAAAUAUCUCUACAAACGUGUAUUGAUAGUGUAGCUUACUUUACUCGUUACUUUAUUAUUAUUAUUUGUUAAGUAUCGUCAUAAAACAAUACAUUAUUCUUUAAAGGUACUUAUUAUGUGUUUUGUUUUUAUUUAAGCAUUGUUUAAUAACAAAAAAAACCUUAUUUGUUUUUAUUUUCAAACAAAAAUAAUGUAAAUAUCUAAAUAAAUAAACAAUAUUGGAUAUUAUUUGUGAUAUUCUCUGUUAUUUAUGAUAUCUAAUUUUUUUAACGAAUUUAUAUAAUAUUUAGUCUACUUAUUCUGUUGUAUGUUCAACUAAGUGAGAAUUAUUAUUCCAAUAGUAAAUACCGUCAUUGUUUGAAAAAAAAAAACGACGAUGUAUAGAAAUUACAUUAUUCAGAUAUAAUCUUUUUUUUUUAUAGGUAUUUCAGUUUCCUAGUGAUAUUUCACUAGGAAACUGAACAUGGCCUCAUUUCACUAGUGUACUCUUCUCGCCGUAAUUUUCUAUCUUCUGUUAUCUUUUUUUAUGUCUGCUUACAUAUUUCAGUUACUAUAUAGGUUCCUUGUCGCAGGUUUGUGAAUCAAAGUUCGUUCGUACAGAUGGUCCUUUUACUUUUAUUUUUCCUUUGCGUAAACCCUUAAAUAGCUAACUGUAAAUGUUCAUAGUUAAUUUAUGAUUUGUAUUAAUAGUACUUUUUUUUGUGUGUGUGUGUGUGUGUUUUUGAAACUCUAGAGUAAUUAAACUUAACCUAAAUAAAAUAUGUCGGGGAACAUUUUCACGUAAUUUUGUAUUUUCGCACGCCGAUUGCGUAUAUAAUAUUGUGCACAACUCCGCCGUGAGUGAUGACUAAUGAUUAUAUUCUUGUUCCAAUCUGUUAAUGACAUGACAAGAGGCCAAAAAAAAAAAAAAAAAAUAGAAAUGCCUUGUCACAGAUUUAGACAAGUCUCGAUAUUAUUAUUUUCUAUGUCAAAUAUACAAGGUGAUUUUGUUAAGAUGAUUUACAAAAAUGUGAAAAAUUUAUUUUAGUCGUUAUAAGUUAUUAAAUAUGUAGAAUUGUAUUUACUAUGUACAUGUUUUUUUUAAUUUUAUCAUUAUUUCUUCUACACCAUAAACGCAUAAUAUCAUCUUUUGAUUUUCAAAUCACGGCUCCUUUUACUAUCAGAUUCAAUUGGAGAAUAUGUUUCCAGACCGUUUAAAAUUUAAAACGAAGGCGUAUGGAAGGGUUCACUAUUAAAAAAUGGGUAUGAAAUAUUAUUUCCAUUCUCUACUUCUGCUAUGUGAGGUUUUAAUUUUAAUCGUAACUAUAAACGGUGUACCUAUUAUAUCCAGUAUUAUUAUAGUAUUAGGCGUGUAACAUUUUUUCUUCGCAUCUUUGUUGAACAUAUUAAUUUGUUUAAUGGGUUAAUUUACCCCAUUAACAGAGGGUUGUCAUUUGAAAAUCAAAUGUUAACAUUCGUGUAAGGUGGUACAACGAGUAAGAGCUAAACCGGUGUUCAAAAAUAAAGCUUAAAAAAUACCACGAUUUAAAAACAAUGGAAAUCAAAUUUAAAUUUAAAACCUCUGCGAAAAUGGACUAGAUCAUGACAGAAAAAAUCAAAAGAUAUUAUUUUGUUUAGAACUUAUUUUAGAUUUUGAGUGGAGCGAAGAAACUUAUGGUAUUGCAAUGAUGUUUAUUUUUUUUUAUAUACUGUGAACAACUUUUCUACCAGAAAUAUUGAUCCGAUUUACAAGUGUAGCACUCUUUCUGAAAGGAAAUUAGACUGGGAUGGUACUUUAGAGAGGUCAUUUUUUUGAUUUUUCAAUUAGUUUUCUUAAUAAAUGGGAAAAACGAGAAAAUAGGUGCAAAAUUGAACAAAUAUUAUUAAAGAAAAUGUGUAAUUAUUUGACCAUAAUAUGACAUAUAUUAUAUAUAUGUAUAUUGUUGAGAAAGCAAAACUAUCAACCGAACUUCGCUUAGAAUCGUUUUUUCGUUAGCAUUGGCUUAUCAUUGCUUACAGAUAAACAUUAAAUUACCUAUAACAGUGGCUGCACCCGUCCCCAUUAUCAUCAGGACCGCUUUUUUUCGCUAUUUAAUUAUUAUGUAUAUUUUGUGAUUAGUAUUAUUAUUGUCGUUAUGACGCGUUUCGAAAAAAAUUUUUAUCAUAUUUUCGUUUAUUUUAUUAUUUUAGACGUUAUUUAGUAGGUAAUAAUCGCAGAAAAAAAAUUGAUUAAUAAAAUAAAUUAGUUACGUAAAAAAUUUAACAAUAGAUAGUAAGAUUUUUGCUGAUUAAAAUAUCAAUAUUUGAAAUGGAAUAAUAAAAAAAUAAUAAUAAUAUUAUUGUAUUUUUGCCAAUAAUUUUAUGACGUAUCUAUACUACUUUAAUGAUGCUAAGUAAUCUCAAUAUAAUUUGUAUUCCAUAACGAGUACGUCGUUGGUUUUGGUUUUUUUUUUUUUUUUAGUCAAGUAUCGUAGAUACCUACCAAUGUCUAAUAAAAUAAUGACAUUUCUCGUGAUCGAUGAUCGAUCAUGUAUUUUAUAUAUAUGUGUAUUUUUUACAAUAUAAUAUUACGAUUGGAAUUUUAUUUCUGUACCGAGUGUGGGUUUGUUUUUUUUUUUUUUCUACAUUGUAAUGUAUCAAGUCUCGUAUCGGUAGCUAGAGAAAACCGGAUUUAGUUCAACGCGACCAAUUUAUAACGGACAGCAGACUACACAACAGCACUUGACGGGUUUUUUUUUUUCUGUCUCGUUUUAUCAAUUGAGCUCGUUUAACGAAAGAAAAUCACGUACGUAUAAUAUAAUACCGGCACACAACAGCAACAGGCCGCGGCUGUUGUCACUCGUUAUUGUAGUGCUACUAUAUUGUACAGUCACUUUAUAUACCUACACCGUAUACCGUUUACGUAUUUCGCGCAGUAAUAUUUCGUUCACAUUUACAUUAUACAGUUGUUGUAAAUAUAGCAACAAUAAAAUAAUGUCCAUGUAACGCGUGCCCAAUAUUUUAUUAUUAUUGUUGUUAUUAUCAUUUUCCGUGUUUUCCGAAUUGAAAUUCGGCAAUCAGUUUUUUAUUCUCGUUUUAACGUCAUACAAAAACAUACGAAACAAUAACAAUAUUAUCAUCGAUUCGGAAUUCUGGAUAUCAUUAAUAAUAUUUGUGUGUAGCAUAACAAUAAAGGAACAACAACCCUAUCAAUAAGAUUUCGAUUCGGCAUCAAUAUCAAUGUUUAAUAAGAUCGUACCGUCUACGUCAUCGUAAAAAAAAAUUUUAUUUAACAACAAUAAUUCUGCACUAAUAGUCGACGGGUCAUGGUUCAAAGCGAGACUGAGGUCUAUAGUCCGAAAAAUAUUCUCGUCGAUUUUUGUUUUUCGAAUGUUAGAUAGCCAAAAUUUUGUUUUUUAAAAGCCGAGAAAAUCGAAUAAGCGCAUUAAUUGUUUUAGAGUUGCUACCGGUAUAAAAUAAAGAAAGCAAAAGACGGAUAUAAUUCGCAGUUCGCACGAUGUAGGUAGGCCACUGUUGUAGGUAAGAAGUUGGGAAGGUAGGUUGUAGAGGAGAAUUUAAUGUAUAUCUGCACGCAACGAUUAACCCUAAAGAAAAACAAUUCUAAGCGAUUUUCGUCAACAUUUAAUAUUAAAAUUCUUACUAAGUAAAAAUACUUCAUUAAACUCAACUUUUUCUUAUUGAACACUAAGUAUAACUCGUAAUGAAUUUCUUGUUAAAUUUUCAAGAAUUUCUGUUUGAUCUAAAAAUUACAUAAAAGAACUAAUAAAAUUAAAAUGUCUAUAAAUAUCUCAAAAAUGAGUUACAUGUUUUGAAAAUUUUAUCAUGUCUAGAAAAGGCAAAUAUAAGGUUUUUGUCCAAAUAUCAAAUCUGCGGACAUUUUAAACUGAAUAACAACAAAUGGGAUCUGGGCGUGACCAUUUUUCUGAAAAAAUUUAAAAUUAACUUUUUAUUUUCCAUUUUAUUGGUCUAUAGUCUUGUCCAAAUAUUAAAAUCGACUCAACCAAACAAUUAUAGAAAAAAAAAAUAUGCUAAUUUUAGCCGACACCUCUUUUGAUUCCAGUAUCUUUGAAACAUAAUAAAUAUUAUAUGUCAUUAUAAUAUAUAUAUAAUAUUUAGAAGCAUAUUCUUUGUCUGCAGAAUAUGAAAUUUAUAGGUAUGUAUAUUAUUAUUAGAAGGGUGAUAAUGUAUUAUUUUUGCUGGAAUUUCUAUCCGAUUGUACUUUAUUUGGAACAUUUAUUGAAAUUUUCAACAGUUUACCCCACGUUCAUAAUUUUUUUUUUGUUUGAUUUUUGUUAAUUAUCUAUUAUUUUUUCCUCGUCUUUGUGUGACUGCGGUGCGAAUAAUAUACUCGUGUAUAACAUACACGAGUAUAAUGUUAUGUAUUAUUUUUACGUUAUGACUACCACGGUAAACAUAACUAUUAUCUAGCUAUUAAAUUAUAUUAUAUUGUUAUUAUUAUAUGGUUGCCGGUUCGCUAUUCAUGAAAAAAAAAAUAUUAUAAUAUACGCGAAGCGAAAUAAUAGAAGCGACCGUGGCGCGUCGUUGUAACGGGUCGCUGGAGUUAUCAAAAGUGACUCAUCGGGUAUAACGAACUCUCCGAUGAUAAUGUUCUUUAUUCAUCUCCGCUCUGCAGUAUUGUGUUUUUUCGUCACUACCACCGCCGGCCAAUCGUAUUGAAUAUUAAAAAUUAUAAUAUACUAUAGUACAAUAUAUACGUGUUUUAUUUAUUGCUUUGAUCUUUAGAAAUGCAUAUAAUUAUAUCUAUAUCUUGUUUACUUGGAUAAUUAUUAUUUUAGUACGUAGAAAACGUUUUACUAUUCAUUAUAUUUUAUAUUGUAGCCCGUAUACUAUGACGAUGAUGAUGUAAUUAUUUUAUUCGUUAUUCGUGAACAACAAUAAAAUUCAGAAUAAAAUUAAUAAAACACGUGUCUGCAAUAUAUAGAUAAAAUUAUUAUAAUAUUUACAUUAUAUAUUUGAUAAUAACGUAAUCUUCUAUGGUAAUCAACCUUAAGGUUAGUUUUACAUCGUUCUUCCAUGCAAUUUCCGCUCUUCUCAGUCCGGCAUCUUUAAUAAUUGUAUUAAUUAUCGUUGUUUUAGGACGAUCUCUGCCUCUUUUGCCUUCAACUUGUCCUUCUAAAAUUCUGUACACUAUCAUCGGUACGAAACUCCGCAGCAACCUCCGCCAGCACCACAUUUUGAAACUUUUCAAAUAUCUUUUUUCUGCGUUGUUUAUCAACCAAGUCCCUGAUGAUCCGUAUAGACCUUAGAGCCACGCUCCACACAAAGACUUUUGUGACUCAUCUUCUCGGAGCAUGGUAAUUUCUUGGGAUUCAUAAAUGCGGGUUUCGCCUGUUAUCUUAGCUUUAAUUUACUUAGUGCUCUUGCUAUCUCGGGUGAUGAAACUUUUUAGGUAUUCAUAGCUGUUUACUUGUUCUAAACUUGAAUUUAGAGUCACUCUGUUGUGUUGUUUGACAUAACCUUAGUUUUAAUGUGAUAACGUAAUAUUUCAAUAAUAAUAAUUAAUUAUAAAUUGUAAUAUUCAAUGUUUUACUGAUUACUCAUGUUUAACACGAACAUUAUGUUCGUGUUAAUUAUAUAUUAUGUAUAAAAUUCUCAGGUCAUAGUAUUUGUUAUUGAUCUUCUCCGAAACAGCUUGACCGAUUUUUAUGAAAUUUUUUUUGUAUAUUUGGUUGGUCUGAGAAUAGGCCGUAAAGUAUUUUUCACCCUUCUACCUCCACCCACUAUUUUUUAAUCGUGAUUUUAGUAUUUUCGCUUAUACAUACACAAGUAACGUCAAAUAAUUUAAUGAAUAAAAAAAUGUUUUAAUUUGUGUUACACCUAUUUGCUUUCAUUCAAUUCGUAACACGUCCAAAACCAAAAAUAAAUAUGGGUAAAAUAAUAAUAAUUCAAAUUGGCACGGGCAAUGCCGGGUGCGGGACAUCUAGUAAUAUAAUAUUAUUUAUCAAUCAUGACUUUUAUCUCUAGAAUUGAUAAUGUUAUUAUCGUAGUUCGGUUCGUAGUAUUAUCAGAUAUAAAAUCUCGGAGAAAAAAAAAAGGAUAAUUUAACGUUUUACAAAUGUCUGCAUAUUGUUCAUUUGUUUGCAAUAUUUUAUUGAUAUUUUGCAUUUAUAAUACUUUUCAAAUAAUUUUAUCUUUUAUAAAACAAUAUUAUAUCGCAUAUUUGUUUUACACGGUUAAUAUUUAAUUCGUUAAUUCAUUAAUUUAAUUAGAAUUAUUCCGUUUGGUAAUAAAAUAAAAAUCGAACAGCAUUUUAUAUAAUAACAAAACUUUGUAUUUUUUGCCGCAAUCGAUUUUAUUAGUUUUUUUUGUUUUUUCCACAUGAAAUGACAUCCGGCUAUAGUUUUUUUUUUAAAUAUAUGUUCUAUUUGUACAAUGAAAACGUCUUACAAAGUACCUUAUUAAAUACCUGUAAUAUGCGCAUUUAAAUAAUUAUUGCCAAGUAUCCUAAAAAUAUAUAACCUUCGUGUAACAAAAUACUACAUUUCGGUUCUCGAAAGUAAAUCGGUGAAAUAUAUUUCUAUCUAUAGUAUGUGUGUGUUUUUGUCAUUUAAUUUUAACUCAUUCUGGUAAAAAUAUCUAAUAAAUAUUUUCAUUAUAUUUCGGGCAAUAUUUAGUCUAAAAAUUUCACGUAGUUAAAAUCGCUUGAACGUAAUACGUAAUCAUUUAUAUAUUAUUAUAAUAUGCAUGAAUGCAUGUAUAUAAUACUGUACAGUUCUUCUACGGUUUUUGAAGCAUAGUUUGAAUAAUAUGUUGUGGUGAUAGUAAAAGGAAAUCCACCUGACUAACUCGGAUUAAGGUCAAAGCUACAUACACCGAUCAGCUAUCAUUAUUCGUGUGUCUCGAACUCUCGAUACCUAGAAAUACCUAUACUGUAGACACGUUUGAAUACUGCUGCAAUCUGUAUACGAGUCCACGACUAAAGUUCACUUAAUUUUAAACCGAUUGAAACCUAAAUUACUUAUUAUUAUUUUUUACAUUUUUAAAACCUGUGUCGUUAUAUUGGAAUUGGGUACAGACAGUAAUAAUAAUAUAAUAUAAUAUACCAAUUAACAGUAUUAUAUUUAUAUAAUAUUUUCAUACCGGUGAUUUAUAUUUACGGUAAUAUUAUAUUUAAUGAUCGUUGCACUUUAAAAACUAUUUUUGUAGAUACACUGAAAUGUUGGAAAUUAUGUAAAAAAAAAAAAAGUUUUUUUACAUAACUCUCAGUGGCCUAUAAGUCAUAUUUUAUUAUUCACCUAACAAAUUAUUAAACCGUAAUGUUAUAAACUGUAGAAAAAAUACAUAAAUCGAGUUCAUUAUAAUAAGCGUCUAAACGGGGACACCAUCAUGCUGCGCAAUAUCGACGAGUAUACGAAGAAUUUUUUAAUACUCGAUUUCGUUAUAAUCCGGAAAUCAAAAAAAAAAAAAACCAGAUAAUAACAUAACGACGAAAUUGCAUUUCUUAGUAUAACACGUACCAGUCUUUUCAUCAUUGUGUGUCGUGUUGUUUUCUAUUAUUUAGUAUAGGUAUAUCGUAUUUAUUACUGGAACUCCUAGUCAUAAUAUGUAAUGAAUAUCUAACAAACAGUUACAAUAUAAUAUUAUAUCCGUGAAGAUGUCGAAAUAUUUACCAAAGCAAAGUAACUAUGGUUGAAAGUUAUUUUUUUUUUCUUGAUUAGUUACAUAAGAGUUGAAUUUUAAAAAAUAACAUUUUCCGAUUUUCUGAUAGGAAAUUUAGGGGGAUAAUUUUUUGAUUUUCCUUAAGGGUUACUUAAUAAAUGAUAAAAAUCGUUAAAAUUUACGAAAUGUAUUAUUUUCGAUUUUGUUUUUUUAUUGUGAUUCGGUUAAAAAUAUUCGUUGGGACUUGAAAUUUGGUGUAAAAUGCUGUAAAAUGUUCAAAAAUAGCUUAAAUAUUUUUGAACUAUUUAAAGACAUUUUAAUUUCGAAAGUUUGUAUUUAGUGGUUAUUCUAUGGAUAAAAUUGUUUGACCAAACAAAUGCAUUAUAAAUUUUACUUUGUGAAAACAGUCGAGUAAUAUAAAACAAAUUUUUUAUAAGAAUUUUAAUAUCAAAUUCCCCUUCAUAUUCUACCUUCCCAAAUUCAAACUUAUAAUAGUGAUCCAUCGUGAAAAUUAUGUCCGUCAUUUUUUUUUAAUUAUUUCUGUUAAUAAUUUUAACUUGAUUUAGCCAUUUUAUUAUUAAGGUGUAAGUUAUUUACAAAACUUAUUGUACUUAAUAUGUUUUUUCCAUUCAUUUUCAACUAUUUGAAAUUUUCAACAAGACAAGUGUAUUAUUUAUUAAGUGAUUAUACGUUAUACUAAAACUACUGACUUUUAUUUUAAUUUUCCAUACGUUAAGUACAAAAUGCGUUUAAGUAUAGUCAAUGGUAAUUAAAAAUUAAAUAUUUUCUUACUUUCAAUUUAUUGUUUUCCUGAAAAUAUGUAACUGAACUUUAAACUGUAAAUUACCUUUUAACAUUUUUAUUUGUUGAUAAUUUGUUAUAAUUAAAACAAAAUCGGUUAACUUGCCGAAUUUUGUAAAAAUUACAACAUAAUACAGUAAAACUGGUUAUUCUACCGAUUAUUCAGAAUUAUAUAUUUUAUGUUAUUGAUAAUUAUGCGUUUAUGCGUAUUAUUGAGAUUGCAUAAUUAUUUUUAGUUUCUUCUUUUCUUUUUAAACUUAAACGCAAUGCUGUUGCAGCUGUAACACGAUUUGUUAGCCAACGGAUAAAAAUAAAUGUAUUUUGUUUUGCUACAAUAUUUGUUGAUAUUCUUUUUUUAUCAUAUCGUUCAAUUAUUUCAAUUUGUAAAAAAAAAAAAAAGUAUUGUCAACUAAGCAAUAUUAAUAUCUGAAUCUCUAACUGUUUUUUCCUUGGUUUAAUUAAAUUUUAUAAGAUCAAAUUUCAGCCAGAUAACGCAUUAAUUAUGUAUAUUAUCACCGUUUAUUUUACGUAAUAAUCGAAUAAUAUUAUAUCGAAUAUUAUUAUCGACUUGUACUGUUUCAUUGCAAUAAACGUUGAUAAAUCGUCUUUACGGAAAUCCGUCAAAUAACAUGGUCCCUUUGUUUUUUAUUUCAAUUAUUUUUUUUUUUUUAUGAAUUAAACUACAUUACGAUUAUAUUGAAAUAGGAUUUAUUACGUCGUCGUGACGGUUGUUAUUUCGUAUAGACUGUUCGUCUAAAGUGCAAGGUUUAAUAACGUCUAAUUAUUUUUUUUUGUCCUUUAUAAUAUUAUAGAACUUCAAAAUUGAACGCUAUGAUAUUGUGAAUUGUGAUGCAGGAGUCAUAUAAAUUAUUAUUUUAUUAGUCUAGUAAACGGCGGACGUUUUUAUGGGGUGCACUGUCAAUUGAGCGACGCGACUGUUGCAAUUAUUAUAUUACUAUUAUAGCGGGGUUUUUUUUCUCCUAUAAAUUAAAGUAAAGAAAAAUUAAUCCGCAAAUAAAAAACGUCCCCGCAUAAUAAAUACUAAUAAUCGUAUCCAGUUAAUAUUUAUUCAAAUAUUAUUAAACACGAAUUAUAAAAACAAAUAAUAUCGUCGCUACAAUCAAAUCAACUAUAUAUUAUAAUAUAUAUUUAUAUUUAUAGUCGCCGUACAAUUUAUUAUACUUAAUAAUAUACGAUUGAACAUUGUUUGUUUUGCUAUAAUAUUGAAGGUCUAGUAUAUAGGAACGUAUCGACCAAUUAUGAAAUUAAAACAUUAAACCUACGUAAAAUAUAACACAUUUGUUUAAUAUUAAUAUUUUUUUGUUACUCAUUGAUAUGUUUAAUGUAAAAAAAAAGGAUGUCCAUCCAGUAUCAUUGGAGAUACGUCGUUCUACUACUAAAAACUACUUUAAAAUCUGAAUAUUAUAAGCUAAUAAUCAAAAUAUCAUUUUUGGUUGUUACGUUCCUUUAAUACUAGACCCCUCGAUAUAUUCUGAUGUAUUGUAUAUAUUUAUUGAUUUAUAUUAUUAUUAUAUAUAAGAGAACAUAUUUAUAUUGUGCGUCAUGUAUGGAAAAACCUAUUAGUACAAAUAUGUAUUUAAAUGUUUAACGAUUUGUGCAUUAAAUAAAGAAAGUAAAAAUUCAGCCUCGAGUAUUUGUAGUUUGUGUUCGUGUGCGUUUACAAGUGGACGUUUUGAAAGUUAUCUUUUUUCGUCUAUAUUGUACCCGAUAUGAUGAUUUUUAUUGACCAAUAAUAUCAUUUUUUAUUUGGUUAUUUUUGCAAUUUUAUUGUUGCAAAUUGAAUAAUAUUUUUUAUGCAAUCAUCAUCAAAAAAUAUGUUAUUAAAAUAUGUAUUCAUUUUGAAGUACAUGCUAAAUCUAUUUGCAAUAUUUUAAAUCGUAACACUAAUAAUAUACAUUGUUUUUCGUAAUUUCAUAGCCGAUACGAAUAGAAUGAGAGUAUAUUAUAUCAAUAGCUUAAAGUUCGUUGUUUUUCUUAAACUGGCAUUUUCAAUUCACAAAAAAAAUCGUCCCGCGUUUUUAAAAAGUGAUUCGGUUUUCAUUCAAUUAUUGUUAUUUAGGUGUACGAUUUUAAAAUAGUUUUUUCCUUUCCAAAUAUGAAUAUUUUAAUGGAUUCAUAUUACUGGAAAUAAAAAUGUGUUAGUUGCAUCAAACAUAUUAACUAAAAUUAAAAGUACGUGCGAAAACUUGAAAAAUAUGCAUUGAUAUAUUAUAAAUCCGUUCUCUAAUUAUUUUAGGUUAGUUUAUAUAUAUAGGUUGAUACUUGUAUAUUACUAAAGGAAUAUCGUCUUUGUGGUUUAAAUGUGAACUUUAGAGCAUAUUCCAUAUGGGUAAUAAUUAUUGUGUUAGUACCUAACCUUUAAAAGAAUAUUAAUUUUAAGAUGUCCCAGGGACAAACUUAAAUGAAUUUUCAGCCCGCGGAAUCCUUAAUAUGACCGGGUCAUGACAUUUACUCAUCCCCAAAAUUAUUAAAACCUAAAAUAUAUAUAUAUUUUCUAUGUAUUAUAUAUUAUAUAUUUUUAACUAUGCAGUAAUAAAAAAAAACAGUGAACAUGUGGACAUAAAAAAACUAAAAAUACUGUAAUGGGAUCACAGAAGCAGACAUCUUCUGAACUCCUGGUACCAAAUUUCGAGGUCAUAGCGAAUUUUGAUAAUUUUCAUGUGAAAUCUAAUUUACUGGCGGUAAUCAAUACACAACUGACCCCUUCUAAACUUCUAGCAUAGCCCUAGGUAAACAGAUUCAUCUAAACUUUUAUUACCGAUUUUCAAUUUAACAUUUUUUAUCAUAACAACUGGAAUACAAAAAUAUGAUAAGGUUUUUAUUUUAACGUACAAGCAGUGACCCACACCGUUGAUUUUCCCGCAUUCUCGCUCUUGGAUGUCCAUAAUAAAUAUAACAACCGAAUUUUUCAUUUUCCUUAUCAUUUAAAAAUGUUAAUUCAACAAAAUAAUAGUAUACCUGCAUUAUCAUUAAGAGGGCGUAAUACCCUUAUGUGUUGUCUCCGUCUUACAAACGUACGACGUAGGAAAUUUGCGUUCAGCAAGGACAGCAUUGUGCAGUUAGUUUUAGCUCCAGCUGUACGUCAGUAGUAUGAUCAUACUUCUUACGUCGGCGCCAUUUUUCGAUAUUUAAAUUUUUACGCGAUUGCUGUGAGCACGUUAAAUAUCACAGUUUAAUCUCGCAUACAAAUAUCGAAAAAUAAUAGCGCCAACGUUGCACAGAUAAUAUGCAUUCUUAUAUGCAUCUUUAAGUUUGAUCAUUGAUCAAUUCACUGUAAUUCAUGUUACAGAAUAAACUACCAACGCAAAGUUUUCCCCGCUGAACGUAAAUUUGUCAUGACAUAUACGUUUGUAAGAGAAGACAGCAAAUGUAGGUUAUUGCGUCCUCCUAAAACAACAAUUGUAAAAUAUAUUAAAACUACGUUAAACUAAUAUUUGUUUACUUUAAUAAACCUAUAUUGUUCAGUGCCUAUUCUGUUCAGUUUACACUAGUCAGUUCAGUUGUAAUCAAUGUUGGGGUGAUAAUAAUAUAAAUAAUAUAUAAUAAUAAUAAUAAUAAUAAUAAUAAUAAUAUAAAUAUUAUUGAAAACUACUCGUAUAUCGUAUAUAAAUUGAAUUCAAAUAAUAUAUAUGCGCUCUCAUUCAAUAUUAUUGCACGUCGUUAUUAUUGCACAUUGAACGAAGUAGGUUUUUAUACUAUGCUUUCAUUCAAUAUCAGUGUUGACACAUCCUGCAUAAUAUUAUAGUGAACGGUAAGUGAAUAGUGAAAAGUAAACGCUGCUAUUGACUUAAAACCGCACACAUUCAUUAAAUCAACCCGUCUUACCGUUCAUUCAAACUAUCGUUCAACGGAAUAAUUUAUCCAUCGUGUUAAAUAAAACCGGGUUUGUUAAAUUAUAAUAUCUAUUGAUUAUUGGAUUAUAAUUCGAUCGAUCGAUUGGACACUCGCGUAAAUUCAGCUUAUAAGACCGAUUGCAUAUUAUUAAAUUAUUUAAUUUAAUUUAAUAAUAAUUUAUUUUAAUUAAAUUAUAUUAAACGAUUAAUAUAUUUGUAUAUGUAACCUAGGAAAUAAUAAAUAUUUGUCUAUGUUAUAUUAUAUGUUUACAGUGGAAAUAUUUAAAAAUAUUAACGGGUAUAUUAUUCGAGUACAAAAUUGUUGAAAAUCGUAUUUUUAUUUGUACGCAGGUGGCGCGUGGCCAUGCGAUCUCGUAGGGUGUACACAUUUAUUGGUGUUUAUGUAUAGGUAAAAUUUACUUCGAAUCAAAUAGAGUCGAUGAAAAUUAUUCAUUAUAAAAAGUAUACGUUUUGAAAGGUAUCCGAACGAUACAUAUAGUUAUUGUGAAAAAUCCGUUCACAUAAAAUUGCCUUUUGACAAAUGAUUGUUUAUGAUAAAAAUGUUAUCAUCUAACAAACGCCCCCUAUAUCUGGCACACACGCGUGCCUGUUACGUGUGUGUUUUUUUUUUAAAUUUGUUUGUGUAAGGUUUACGUAUAAUUUUAAUACAAUAUAUUAUGCAUAAGUAUUAUACCACGCUGGACAAGACGAGUAAUUGCCGAUCAAAAAAGCAACGUGCAUAUUGUACUAUAAUAAUGUAAUAAUAUCAAACAUUUGUUUUUGUCGGGUUCAAGUACCUCUUUCCGGGCAAGAGAAUUUCUUCGGCGGUCGUCGUGGUUUUUUUUUUUGAAUAAACGUGCGUAGCAAAUUCGACCGUGACCACCUCGCACGACAAAAUAAUGCGUGUACCUAUAGUGUAUACCUAUAGUACGUAAUUUUCGAAUGGAUAAUUCAGUUAAUUGUGUAUAUUUUUUUUCGGGUUUUUUUCUCCUCUCGGUUUGCGCGUUUUAGUCCGUUAUUGUACGGGAUCGAGACUACAGCUGAUAGAUACGUACACGUCUAAUAUAGUGAAAACUAUUCCGACUUUUGGUAACAAUUACCCGCCACGGAAUAUAUUAUUAUGCGUAAUAUAAGGUACUGCACUUGUGCGUUUUUUGUGAGCCUAAUCGAUUUUCUACACGUUCGCUAGGCUCCUCUAUGCGGCCCCGUUAAAUUUCACGACUCUUGCGACGUGUGCCGCACUGCUCCCCCGUAAUCGUCAUAAACGUGUGCGGAUCGAAAUUCUGGGCGGUUUUUUUUUUCUUUAGAAAUCACAACUCUGCGUUAGAAUAGGUAAUAAUUUCAAACGAAUCGCGACCAUUUAGAAGAACAUGGCUAGUGCAGGAUAUAUUUUCCUAGAACGGGUGACAUUCGAAAAAUACAUUUGUAAUUACAAAUUCGGCUUGCAUAUAUUACAACAUGUCGAAUUUGUUUUCAGAUUCUUAUUUUUUUUGUCCGCGAAUAGGUUUUCCUGCCGAACCGUUAUUUUUUUGUAAUUCGGUAAGAAAUACUGUAGAGAAACAUACGAGAUCUAAAAUGUUUUUUUCGAUUAUGCGAACGAAUUGAUCCAUUUUGUUUUCAAUUUAAACCCGCUGAAUUUUAAAUAGUAGCAUAGGAAAAUUUGUAUACACUCCGUGUCUAAAUUAUGUAGGAAUAUAGUUGGACGAAAACAUUUGUUUUUGUUCUAGCCCGGAAUGCGUUCUCCGAUUUAAUCUUUUAUUUGUCGUAGUGGAAAUAUAACGACUAUAAACAGGUAUUAGGUACUUGUAUUAUAGUUCUGUGACCACAAAAAAAAAAAUGUCAUUAGAACAGGGUGCAGUGAACACACACCGACACUACCGUCACACAUACUGUCAUCGUAUAUGUUUGUGGCGUAAAUUACUCAAUGUCGUGCUGCUAUCGGGUAUUCGAGUGUGUAGUUGUGAACUGGAAACAUAAAAAAAAAAAACCUCGAAACGUGAACAAUUAAAAUGCACGUAAAUUAAUAAGUUGAGCGUUGGAGCGUAAAUCCUUGUUUUAUUUUUUAUUUUAAAACAUUUUUAUGUAGUGUAACAAAACAAAAAUAAAAAUAAAAAAAUAAUACAUUUUGAAUGCGUUCAUGAAGAUGUUGUGUUUAUAAUCCACUUGGAAAAGUAUUUUUUUUUUUUUUGAAGGGUGGAAGAUGUUCAUAUUUGUUGAUGCUUGGACUUAAAAUUUUUUUUGAAAAAAUGAACUCGAUUGGUUUAAAGCAUCGUCUCUCAACCUUUUUAGGUCGUGACCCCCAAAAUAGGUAUAAAAUAUAGUCAAUCACUUCGCGAACCCCCCCCCCCCCCNGAGAAUUUGUUUUUGAAAAUACAUUUUCUAGUUCAAAGAUUAUAGUUAUUUUCAAUGUGAUAAAGAAAACCAUACUAGCAAAGCAAACUGUGGUAUGAAGGGCGAGGUUGUAUUAGAUACUAUGAUGUUCAUAUUUAUUAGUAAUACCGUGAUUUAUGUAAAUAGUUUUGUAAAAUUAUUAGAUAAAAAAAAAACUCGGGCAAUUAAAUAACUUUAUCAUUAUUUUUAUUUUGCGGUCAUAAAGUAUAAUUAUGUUUCGAAUUAAUUGAUUGUAUAUUUAUUCUUUGUUAUAAUAUUAAUGCUACACCCUCCAAAACAAAAACAACUACAAAGUCAAACUUUUUUGGAUUCCUGGACAUUGUAACAUAAAAGAAAAUGAGCUCGCUGACCUCGCAGCAAAAGCCGCAAUCUCCUUACCACUAUCAUUGUCUACACCAUCGUUUCUCAACCUUUUUAGUGUCGCGACCCCCAAAACAGGUAUAAAAUAUAGUCAAUCACUUCGCGAACCCCCCCCCUCCAUCUAGGUUAAGUAAAAUUUUAAACAGUAAAAAUAUCCUAUCAUUAACCAAACAAAAUAUAACAUUUUAAAUACCAUUUUAUAAAUACCAUAUCUAGUAACUUAAGCUUAUUAAGUUUGUAUCGGGUCGUUAGGAAUUUCCAUUAGUGGAGUAGUACCCUUUUUAUUGAUGAGAUAUCUACAUUUAAUCGACUGCUUAUUAUUGUUAUUUUUAAUAUUAUUUUUGUGUGUUAUGAAACAGUGUCAUGAAAAUAUUUAAAUAAAAAGGUACAUUUUGUAAAUCAGCGUUUUAUUAUUUUUGACCUGCGCGACCCCUAGUCAAGGUGUUCCCCUGGUUGAGAAACGCUGGUUUAAAGUGUUAAUAAAAAAAAAAAAAAAUCUUUUAUAGAAACACAAUUUAUGGACGGAAGAAAAUGUGUCGAAUUAGAUAUCUAUACGUAUUUAGGGUUUUAGGAAAAUGUUGAAAUAUUUGUGUACUGUUAUUUAUUUUAAUAUUUUUGAGUAUAGCGGGUAUCCUUUAUUGGAAUAAUCAUUCAUAAAUUACUAUAGUUAUAGUUAUAAUAUCUCGUGUUUUUAUUUAUUUUCAGGAUUUGUAGAAGUUGAGGAUGGCAAUACGAUCCAAGUAGAUUAUUUGUCUCAACAAUGGCCGACAUUAGUGAGCCAUUACUGGGCAAGUGCGUCUGUAUUAGUCGCUGGACUAGUAUUCGCCGUUUUAAUGCCUCUUAUCGGUCUAACAUUGUGCUGUUGUCGCUGUGCCGGAGGUUGUGGUUCUCGGUCUCAACCAUUUGACGCUAAAUAUGAUUCAUGCAGGAGACAAAUUUAUGGUAUAUUACUAGCUGGACUCACUAUAUUAAUAUCGUAAGUUGUGUGUUUUUUUGUUAUACUUUUAAUAUUUGAAAGAACCCUUGUAUUAUUUUGUUAAUAUACUAUGUGUUCACUGUUUAUGGCAUUUAUAUGAAUAAUAAUCUGAAACUGAUGAAUAUUCUUCUCUAAUAACAGUGAAUAUUUGUUUUAGAUAUACUAUAUUUUGGUAUUAAUCAUUUAUGAACUUUUAUUAUUUGUAUUUUUUAGAUUUGGUGUAGUUUGUGCUUUUGUGAGUAAUGAGUAUUUAGAAGAUGGUGUGAAAGAAUUGCCAUCUAAUGUUAAGAAAUCCUUAAAUGACACCAGACUAUUCUUAAAUAAUACAAAACAAGUAAGAAAUCAAAUUUAAUAACUAUGAAUAUAAUAUGCUAAAUUGUGUUUAACAUCUUUAGGAAGUUGAUAAUCUGUUAGUUGUAAACUUCGAUGAAUUGGAAGAAACAUUAUCCAAUAUAUUAGAAGGUAAAAUAAGUGUUAUUUUUAAAUAUUAAAUAAUAAUACAAUUUAAGUUUUAAAAUUAUCUAUUUUAAUAUGUUACAACUAGUUGCGAAAUUGUUAAUUUUUAAAGCAAUAUAAUUUAAGUUUUAAAAAUAUAUAUAUUUUAAUGUUACAGCUAGUGGCGAAAUUGUUAAGAAAAAACUUGGAGAUGUUUCUAAAGCGUCAGUUUUAUCUAAUUUAACUGCUGUUGUAAAUGGACUAGGGCUAAUCAAACAAGAUCUCUCUAAUGUAGAUUUAUUAACCCGUCAAUUACAAGAAACUGCAUUGCAAUUAGAUGCUGGUACAUACCAAUUUCACUACAAUAUUUUAAUUACUGUCAACCUUAAAAAUAAUAUUAUUAAUUGAUUUUGUUCUGUUUAUAAUUAAAGCUUUAAAGGAAUGUCGAACAAUUAUAAUGAGAAAAUUGGAGUCUUGCAAAUUUGAACGUACUUGUCGUGAUAUUUUAAACCGAUAUAACAUCGAAGAUCUUUCUUUAGAAGCAAACUUCAGUAUGGUAAGCAAAAUAAUCAAUAUCUAAGAACUAUAUUGUUAUUAUUUUCAACAUAAAAUUAUAAUAUAUUGAAAUGUAUUAAUUUUUUGCUUACCGUGGAUAGAUAUUAGAUAAUGAUUUACCAAAGGUAGGCUAUCAGAUAUUUGUAGCUUAAUUGUAAUAGUUUGUAUAUCUUAUGUAAUUAUUAUUACAUCUCUAUAUUACAAAUAUACUUUUUAGAUAAAUUGAAACUGAAAACUUUAAGGAUUAUUAAUACAAUUAUUAUAAUUUUUUAUAUGUAAAAUUAUUUUUAUAGUUGCCGAACGUAACUGCUAGCUUGAAAAAUAUAUCUGAUCUCAUUACGACCGAUAUCGAAGUAGAAGUAAUGAAGGGCCAACAACAAUUCGAGAAGAUUAAAACAAUAAUACAGAAUGCUGUCAAUGAUAAUAUUCCUGAAAUAAAACAGAAUAUCAGAAAGGUGGGAAAUGCAAUUAAAGAACAUUGUGUAAAAGUUGACAAAAUCAUUGAUCGUAUGGAUUCUACUAUUGUUGAAUCAUAUUCUCCAAUGCAACGAGGAGAAGGUCUUUUAAAAGAAUUUUCUCCUUAUCGGUAAUUAAUUUGCACUCUUUUGAAUUAAUAUUUUAUUAAUAAUUGUUUAUAUUUUAGAUACUAUGUCUGUUUGGGUGUAGCAAUUACACUGUUUUUGAUUUUGAUGUUCCUGACGCUUGGGUUAUUCUGUGGUUUCUGUGGUAGCCGACCUGAAGGUGGAUAUCAUGACGAUUGUUGUAACAAAGGAACGGGCUCUUCUUAUUUAAUGAUGUAUGUUUUAAAAUAUAUUUAAAUUUUAUCAAAAAUUACACAAUAAUUGUUAUAAUAUUGUUUUGCUUAGGGCUGUAUGGUUAAUGUUUUUGUCGUCGGCAUUUUUGAUGAUCAUCGCCUUAUUUUAUUUUGUCACUGGAGUCACCACAGACCGUAUUAUAUGUGAACCAUUGCAAAAUCCUACACCUUCUAGGGUUUUAAACAUAGUAAAUCGUUUGUAUGACGUUUCUAAAGUACACGAGUCUAAUGUUUAUCAAUUGAAUAUCAGACAACAACCAGAUAAUACAGAUUUUAAUAUUAGUUCAAUAAUUCGGUAAAUUUGAAUAUAAACAAAAAUAUAAAUGUAAGUUAGUUAAUACUUGACAAAAUAAAAAUAAAAAUAAUAAUUUACAGAGACUGCCAUCGUAACAUGAGUUUAUUCCAAGUUUUGAAAAUGGAGAGAUACAUUAAUCUUAACAAAUUUUUUGAUUAUCCUACUGCAUUCGAUAUUGACAAGCAUAUCAAUAAUUUGGUAUCAAAAAUAAAAUUAGAAGGAGAAAUAGUAAUUUUAACUGCUGAAGCAGAAAAACAGUUGUUAAAGUUGGCUAAAUCUCCUUUAUCUAGCAUCAAUUUUCCAGCUUACACUCAUGUAGUAAGUUAUAAUUUGAGGGUUUGUUUUUAUUUUAAAUUAUUAUUCAACAUUCUUUUUUAAUAAUGGAAAACAAUAUUUAUUUCAAAUAUAGCUCGGGGAAAAAAUAACAUCUAUUGAUUUGAUUCAACUCGCUGACGCACUUAAUCAAACAGCUUCUCAAUUGCCAUCAUCUAAAUCAGAAGUAAAUAUUUUCUUUUUAAAACUUCAAUAAUUAUUUAAAUUGUGCAGGUCUUUAUUUAUAUAAUUAUUAAAUUAUAUUUUUAGAUUAAAUUUUCACUUACAAACCAAGCAAUCUAUCUAAAAGUGCAUCAAGGACAGCAUGUCGCUGCUAUGCUAGAAAUUAGUCAACGAUUAGAGUCUACUGCCAUUCAGCUUCAGGAACAUUUGCGUUUUAAUCAUACUUCAUUACGCCAUGCUGUUGAACAUCUUUUGAUCGAAGUCGAACAAGCUCAAAAAUACUUAUAUACUGAAGGCCCCACUAUAGUUACCAAAGUAAGUUGAAUAGAUAUUGAACAUGUUAACCUUUAAGUUAUAAGUGCUUAUUGUAUUAUGUUCAAAUAGUAAUAAACAAAUAAUAAUUUGUAACAAUAUUUAAAAUGUAUUACUGUUAUUGUUUUCUAGUUAGCAAAAGAAUUUGGAGAAGAAUUCAAUAAACAUAUAGAUCAAUACUUACAAAGAAUUGUUACUCAGAUUAAAGAAGAUGUUGGUAAAUGUUGGCCAAUGUCGCAAGCUUACAAUGCAACUAUUGUUUCUGGAUGCAAAAAAAUAUUAAAUCCUUAUGUGAGUAAUAAAUAUAAGAAAUAGUACAGUUGAAUCUAUUGGCUAAACGAUUAGUUCAUAAGUAGGUUUGCAGUUUACUUUUGAUAAAAAUUUAUGAAAUUUACAUUUACAGACAAUAAUAUUAUUAUUAAUAUGUUUUUACUAUAUCAUAAGUUUGUAAGACUGAAAUAAAAAAUGCAUGUGUACCGUCUUAAAAAAUUUCACUGUGUUCUAAAACUAUAAUUUCAACCCAAUAUAAUUAUGAAUUAUUAUCAAGAUUAAUAUUUAUUUUUUUUGUUAUUUUAGAAUGGUUUUUGGAUGAGUGUCGGUAUUUGUUCUAUACUGUUUAUGCCCAUCAUAAUUCUUUGUGUGAAAUUGGCUUCGCUCUAUCAGAAAUCCGAGCCAUAUCCAGGGCCAUUGGUUGAAGCGUAAGUGCCAGUUGUAAACUAUUAAUUAAUUGAAAUUGUAACCUGUGUUUAUUUUUGCAUUUUAGAGAAUAUUAUGACCGUGAGAAUAUUCCAUUAACAAGGUAUAGAACAUUUGUAUAAUAUUUUUUAUUAGUUGUGAUGCAAUACGAUCACACAUAAUUGGUCUUAAUAUUGAAAAAGUUGAGAAUGUUAUGUUCAGUUUUUAUAUUUAUUAUUAAUGCUUAUUAGAAUACUGCUACUUUUUUUUGUUAUUUAAUUUUAAAAUGAUGUAUUUUUAUGUAUUUAGUGCAAAUCAUAAGAAAAAAAACGUACGGAAUAAACCACGUAAAAAAGUAACAACCGCACCUCCAUGUGGAAAUCGAUCAUCGAGUGUGCCAGUAGGCUAUGAAAAUAUGUCAAACCCGGAAAUUACUGGAUGCACUUCAGCAAAUGAGAGUCGUCAUCCUGGACAUGGCGGAUCAGUAGACUAUAGUGCACAUCUUGGGAGAGCUAAUAUUUUAGUGCAGACUACCAGUCCUUCUGGAGCUUUGCCUGAAACAACAGUACCAAAGUAAGUUUUAAACACCUCAAAUAUAAGUAAACUAUUUGAUUUAUUGUCAAAAACAUAAUUUAAAAUAUUUAUACUAUCAAAGCAUACAAUUUAUUUAAAUUUAUUUACAAUUUUUUUGAUUUUAAAUUAUAUUUUUUCUAUAAUAUCUUAUAAUUUUCUACUUCAAUGGUAUUUUUUAGUUCUCUUAUAUAUUUUGUAAUGAAGGCACAAUCUUAAGAAUAGGUUUAAUAAUAUAUAACUAAUUCAAAAUAUUAAUGACUUGACAAAAAUUAAUUUUUGUUUAUUAUUAUAAUUUUGAAUUUUAAGACCAACCUGGGAUUUCCCUAAUGGAGGACCGCCUCAUUAUCAAAAUCCGAUCUCAUCUGAAUAUGAACGUCCACCGCCAUAUUACUAUCCUGGACCUUCUGGACCACCGGGGUGAGUUGAUUUAAUUGCAAAUUUGUUUUUCACAGUGAUUAAUUUUUAGUAUUACAUUUUUUAAUUGUAGAAUUAUAUUUAUAUAGUACUCAAAAUAGUUUGUAAAAAGCACAAAAAUAAAAUGUAUUCUCUUUGGUCUAUCUAUUUGGUAAUAAGCAAUAGAAUAAAUAUAAGCUAAUUUUUUUUCCCCUCAAUGUAUUAAUAUUUAAUGUUCUAAAUAGUUUUGUAAACAAUUUAAAUAUUAUUCGAUUAAAAAAAAAAAAGCCUAUAUCUCUCAUGAUGGGUGAGCUAAUCUUAUUUUUGCCAUCUACGUCUUCUUGUCCAUCAACAUUACUUUCAUUAAUUCCACAUUCCCUUAUCUGCUUGAUAACUAUCUCAUUAUUUCUCUUCCUUUCAACAUGUCCCAAUACCAUCACAAUCUAUUUUCUCAUUUUUUCCGCUUUAACUACUACUUAUGUAUUCAUUAAUAAUCCUAUCCAGCUUAAUUAUAUCACACAUUCCCUUCUUUUUUACCGCUAUUUUUAUUUUAUAUCUUUGAUUUAAUUCCUAACAACCAUAAAUGAAUUACUUUUUCCAAUAUGUUUAUGAACUAUAAUUACAACUUAAUGGUCAAAGUUUGUAACUGUAUUUUUCUGCUGUUGCUAUCAAAACAAAACUAGUGAAAUAAAUUUGGCCUUUAAAAUAAUAUAAUGCCUAAUGUUAUAAUGUAUUUAUGUUGUGAAUUUUUUUUUUCAGAGCUCCCCCCGAGUCUCAGUCAUCUUAAAUUAUCCAUAAUUUUUAUUCAUCACAAUAUAACCUUACAAAGAGAGAGAAACCUUACAAAUAUCGAGAACUGACUAGAAUUCAAACUGUUGUGACCCCAUUAUUAUUUAAUAUAAAAUUGAAAUUACUUAGUUGACUUAAAUCUACCCAAAUAAUUGCUCUCUUUAUCAUUAUAAAAUUAUUUUUUUGUUAAAUGUUAAUUUUACAAAAAUUCAUGUCGCUGUUGCGCUCAAAGAGAAAAAAAAACACAUCACUAUUGUCUCAUUCCUUCAAAAUACUGCCUUAUUUAUUCAUUGUGAUCAUUUUUUUUUAUUAUUAUUAUUGUAUAAUUUUUUUACUCUCAAUUAUAAGUACACUUUUCCAAUUUGUUGUAUAAAGACUAGACGAUAAUUAAUACUCAUAUUAUAUUAUAAUUUUACCCUUAUAUACUUUGUAUAUAGUAUUGAUUUAAAAACAAAAACAUUAGCUAUUACCCCCUUUUUUCUAUAUUUUGUCUUGUAAAUAUUAUAAGUAAUAUUUUAAUUCUCUAACCUUUCUAUAUAUUAUACAAUUAAGAUAAAAUAGAUUUAAUGCAGUUUGUCAAAUGAUUAAUGUGGACAAAUAAUGUUCAGUUUAAAAUAAUUGAUCGUUAUUUUCAACUGCAAAUCAUUCGCUAUAUUAUAUUUUUUUAUUAUUUUUCUGUGUUGUCAAUUUAACGUAAAACUAGUCAUCGUGUAACGGCGAAAUGACAGACAAUUGAAAAUGUAGACUGUUUAGUUUUUACAAGAAAGGAUAUGAAUAUUAUUUUUUCUCCGCUGUUUUUAAUAUUGUACUAAAAAUAUUUAUAUCAUAUAUAUUUCAUAUAUUUAUUAAUGUAUUUAAACAUAUUAUAGUGAAUAUUAUAAUUCACAAUUAUUGUAGAUUAGUGGUAAAUUUACUCGUGUCUUUAUGGUUCAUACCUAUACAUUUAUUGAAAUCAAUAAGGAUAAAAUAAUAUUUGAUGUUUGAUCUGUAUCUAGAGUAACUUAACAUUUAAAUAUAUAAAGUCCUAUGUGACUUUUAAUUAUUCCUUUGAAAAGCCUGAUUUUUUUUUAUUUAUUUAUUAUGAUUAUUUGUUUGGCAAUAUAUUAUAAUAAUAUAAAUAUAUAAUAAUAGUAGUAUUGUUAAAAAAAAUACAUAAUAUUUUUUUGUAUUUUAUUUUAUGUAUGGUUAUCUCUCUUAAUGACUUAGAUAACAAAUAAUUAUCAUCGUUUAAUUAACUAAUAAAUGUGAGUAUUUAUUUCUGACUUAAAUAGUUAUGUAUUUUUUUUUCAUUUAUAGUACUACUGAAAAUGCCUGAAAAAAAUUAGUGGACUCAAUGACGUUCACUAGAUUGAUAAAUGGGGGAAAGAAUUAAUGUUCCCUUCAAAAGUAAUAAUGCACACCCAAUUUUAUGAUAAUUUAAUGAAUAGAAUACCCAUGAACAUAAGUACUGUUAAGGACUGCCUACUGCAGGUCUGGUGUAAUGCGUUUAUUGUUGUUAUUCCAAUUAGAUAGAAAUUUCAUUAUUUUUACGUUAUUGAAAAAUCAAAACCUUUAUUUACAUUGCAUAGAAAAAGAAGAUGGUGGAAAAGAAGUACACAUUACAAAAAAAUUGUGUUCUAAAAAACCUAUUAAUAAAAUUAUAAAUAUAAAGAUAUUGUUAAAAAUUUAAAUUUAAGGAAUCAAGAUUUUUGAACAUAUUUCA